AUGGAAAAAUGUUCAAAAUUAAGGAUUUCAAUUCCGGAUGACGUCGAGUUCAAAUUAGAGGCAUUCACACUUCCGAAUUGUUAUUGUGGUGACUUGAAAUCAGUACUGAUACCAAGAAAUCGCAUUAGUGAUCGAAUCAAAUGUCUUGCGCGGGAAAUGUUCAACGUCAUCGGUGAUGAACCGUUGGUAAUACUUUGUAUUCUGAAAGGUUCAUUUCGAUUUUUUAUGGAAUUAUUUGAAGAGCUGACACAUAUCCGGAUGUCUUGCAAGCAUCCGAUGGAAGUGGAAUUCAUUCGUAUUAAGAGUUAUACGAAUUUGGAACGAUGUGGAACGUUAGAAAUAAGUGGUCUUUUAAAUGAAAAACAGUUGGAAAACAAGAAUGUCGUUAUCGUAGAUGACAUAGUAGAUAGUGGCUUAACGAUGUCACAACUUCUGAAAACGUUGGAAGAAAUGGGGGUGAAACAGAAGUGGACCGCAGUUUUGCUAUCUAAGAGAUGCGCAAGAGAACUUAAGGUGCAAGAAGACUUUGUCGCUUUCGACAUACCGGAUAAAUUCGUUGUGGGCUUCGGAUUGGAUUAUAACCAGAAGUUCCGGGAUUUGGGACAUAUAUGUGUAAUGAAUGAAGCAGGCAUUGAAAAGUACAGAGUGGCAGAGUAA